GCCAACACAGGACAUCUCAUUGCCUUUGUCAGCCCGGAACUCUCAGCCUCACAGCCCUACUUCUUCCCUCACAUCUGGGGGUUCCUUGCCCUUGCUGCAGUCUCCACCAUCUACUAGAUUGUCUCCUGCCCAACACCCCUUGGUCCCCAGCCAAGGAGACCACUCGGCUCACCUGCCUAGGCCACAGCAGCAUUUCCUUCCUAACCAGGCUCACCAGGGGGAUCAUUACCGUCUCCCCCAGCCUGGCCUGAGUCAACAGCAGCCACAGUCACACCAUCACCACCAUCACCAGCAGCAGCAGCAGCCAGGAGAAGGCUAUUCCGCUAUGCCACGAGCUCAGCAGUCGUCUGCUUCAUAUCAGCCAAUGCCAGCCGACCCUUUUGCCAUUGUUUCCAGAGCCCAGCAGAUGGUUGAGAUUCUCUCAGAUGAGAACCGGAACUUGCGGCAGGAGUUGGAAGGAUGCUAUGAGAAGGUGGCGAGACUGCAGAAGGUGGAGACAGAAAUCCAGCGAGUCUCAGAGGCAUAUGAGAACCUUGUCAAGUCAUCCUCCAAAAGAGAGGCCCUGGAGAAAGCUAUGAGAAACAAGCUUGAGGGCGAGAUUCGGAGAAUGCAUGACUUCAACAGGGAUCUGAGAGAGCGUCUGGAGACGGCCAACAAGCAGCUUGCAGAGAAGGAAUAUGAGGGGUCAGAAGAUACCAGAAAAACCAUCUCUCAGCUCUUUGCAAAAAAUAAGGAGAGCCAGCGUGAGAAGGAGAAACUGGAAGCGGAGCUGGCCACUGCUCGUUCUACCAAUGAGGACCAAAGGCGACACAUCGAAAUCCGAGACCAGGCCCUGAGCAAUGCCCAGGCCAAGGUGGUAAAGCUGGAAGAAGAGCUAAAGAAGAAGCAAGUGUAUGUAGAUAAGGUGGAAAAGAUGCAGCAGGCUCUUGUACAGCUCCAGGCUGCAUGUGAAAAGCGAGAGCAGCUGGAGCACCGUCUCCGGACACGACUGGAAAGAGAACUGGAAUCCCUCCGAAUCCAGCAGCGCCAGGGCAACUCUCAGCCGACCAAUGUUUCAGAAUACAAUGCCGCUGCACUGAUGGAAAUCCUUCGUGAGAAGGAAGAGAGGAUCCUGGCCCUGGAAGCUGACAUGACUAAGUGGGAGCAGAAGUACUUGGAGGAGAAUGUGAUGAGACAUUUUGCUCUGGAUGCUGCGGCCACUGUAGCUGCUCAGAGGGACACUACAGUCAUCAGCCACUCUCCUAAUACCAGCUAUGACACGGCUCUAGAAGCUCGCAUCCAGAAGGAGGAAGAAGAAAUCUUGAUGGCUAACAAGCGUUGCCUUGACAUGGAGGGCAGGAUUAAGACCCUCCAUGCCCAGAUCAUUGAGAAGGAUGCCAUGAUCAAAGUACUGCAGCAGCGUUCCCGGAAGGAGCCGAGUAAGACAGAGCAGCUGUCAUCCAUGCGGCCAGCAAAGUCUCUGAUGUCCAUUUCCAAUGCGGGAUCAGGCUUGCUCUCCCAUUCUUCAACCCUGACUGGCACCCCCAUCAUGGAAGAGAAGCGGGAUGACAAGAGCUGGAAGGGGAGCCUAGGUAUCCUCCUGGGUGGAGACUACCGUGCUGAGUCAGUUCCUUCCACCCCUUCGCCUGUGCCGCCCUCGACUCCCCUGCUGUCAGCUCACUCCAAGACAGGCAGCCGGGACUGCAGCACCCAAACGGAACGGGGAGUAGAAUCCAACAAAACCAACGCUGUAGCUCCCAUCUCUGUUCCUGCUCCGGUUGCUGCUGCCGCCGCCGCUGCCACCAUCACUGCCGCCGCUGCCACCACCACCACCACCACCAUGGGAGCUGCUGCUCCAGUGGCUGUCGCUGCUGCCGCUGCGCCAGCCGCUGCUGCCGCCACCGCCCCGUCUCCAGCAACUGCGGCUGCUACUCUGGCUGCUGCCGUUCCUCCAGCUGCCACCGCAGCUCCAGUUCCAGCUACUGCCUCUGCUGUCACUGCUACAGUUGUUGCUCCUGUUGCCGCCGCCGCCGCCGCCACCAUUCAGGUUGCUCCAACUGUUCCGGCUCCAGUUCCAGCUCCAGCUCCGGCUCCAGUUCCAGCUCCGGCAGCGGCUCAGGCUUCUGCUCCAGCUCAGACUCAGGCACCAACUCCAGCUCCAGCUGCGGCUGCUCCUCCAGCUCCAACUCCAGCUCCAGCUCCGGCUCAGUCUGAGGCUCCUGCAAGUCCAGCCACUGGUUCUGGACCACGUCGUUUGUCUACACCAAGCCUGAGCUGCAAUCCGGAUAAGCCAGAUGGCUCUGUUUUCCACUCCAACACUCUGGAAAGAAAAACUCCCAUUCAGAUCCUGGGACAAGAGCCUGAUACAGAGAUGGUGGAAUAUCUCAUCUAAAUGGUCAAAUCAAGAGCUGCAGCGAAUCAGCAAGAAUGCUUUUAAUCAUUCUUCCCUUUUGUUUGUUCUUAUUUUGAGGGUGAGGACAAGGGUUGGGGGAGGGGAUUUUUUUAAAGGAACUUUUUAUUGAAUCAACAUAGUACUUAGGUAAUACUGUACGAACUCCAGUCUGUUCUGGUACCCUUAGGGAGUACCUCUAAAGCCAGAUCCAUUCAAAUGUGCUCUAAAGUUUAUUGUUUGGAUUUAUACAACUACUAGGACUGUUAAUAGCUGGAUAUACAUCAAUGUUCUGAACGUGCUGAAAUUUGUUUUGCAUUUCCAUAUUCCAGAUCAUUCUUUUAUAGAAGAGCACAGUAUGUUUGGAAGACUGUGUGUAACAUGUAGUUCAGAAGUGGGAAGCCAGAGAGGAUUGAGGUGUGUGCUGUUUUGUAUGGUUACCACCUAGGCAGCAUCCAGAGAGACCUCUUGCUUUGGGCUCAUGAAAGGAAAUAGUUUUAGAAGCUGUGUAAACUGGAGAAAAGGUAGGCAGUAUUGGGGUGUGGAAGGGUGCUGGAGUUGAUUUCCCCCUCCCAAUUUCCCAGCUACCCUGGGCCAGGAGAUUGUGUUUAUCUUUAUUUCAGUGGUGCUUUGGAAGUGGGUUCUUUUGGUUCCCCUCGUGGAGGUUCAUACAUUCAUAUAUAUACUCUGGAGUAAUUUAUGCAUUUGGAUAAUUAAUAUAUUGCUGUCGGAUGCUAGGAAAGUAAAUUAGCUGAGUGAUGCACAACUUCUCUCUUAGGGAAUUAGACCACCUGAGGCCUUGACGGACAGUUGCAUGAGGUGCUGUAUGCAGACUUGUGUAGUCUGUGUGGAGCCAGGAACACAGCUUGCUUGCCUUUCCUGAGACCAAGCUGCUUAGUGUUUAUUUCUUCUCCAGCAAAAUUCACUGGCUGUGUCACCAGUCUCAAACUGCUAAUCAUUGGCAAAAUGAAGAAGCAUUUUUGUUGAAAGGUUGAAGGCUUUGAAUUUUGGGUGACUGCAUUGAAAUAACUCGUGUUGUUUUCCCAAAUUCUUCACAUACGUCUUAAAAGACAAAUUUGGCUAUCACCUCCGAUGGAAUAGCAUCAGAAGCCCAAAGUACUAUGCUGCAGUCGGGGGAGAGGGUGCUGCAGCACUAUUCUCAGCUACCUCUUCUCACUGCCAGGGACUUCAUCUUGGAACACCUUUGGAGAGCAGCAACAUGUGGGCAGGGACCAACGAGGCCAUAGCCCCAAGCUUUGCCUUUGGGCUGCCUCUAGGGACACAGAAUGGCUGUCUGUUACCACAGGUCUCUGCUCUGUGUCACCUCUCUGCCCUUCAUUAAGGUGACAGAUCCACAGACAGUGUCAUUAAGAUCAUUUUUCAGGGGUAUCGGGUGGGGGGGUGAGGGAAGGAAGGGAGGUGUUAGAUAAGGUUGGGGGGAUAGGGGUUUGGGGAUGUGUUAGCUAGAAACCAGAUUAAUAGAAGAGUAGGCCUGAUAUAUUACAUUGUGAGGCAUAGUGGCUGGAAGAACUUAAGCUAUAGCUGUAUCCCCUCAUUUUAGUAAUGAGGAAUCUGAAACCUGGAGAGGUUAAAUGACUUUUUCAAGACCACACACUACAGCUUUCCAUUCUGCCAGUUACCAUACUUAUUCUGGGAAACAUUUUUUCUAUACAAAUUGCUCCUGUUUAAGAAGAGACACCAACAUAGUCCAGAGCACAUGCGUUUUGGACAGUGUCCCUGGUUUCAGUAAUUUGUCCAACGUUUUGAAUUCCUUGCUUCUCCUGCAGUGCCUUUUGCAAGGUUUUUGCUUUCCUGAUCCUUAUUUCAACAGAGUCACGUGAAACAUCCCCCUAAGAAAUCAACCUCACUUCUCUUGCUAUGGGUUUGGGUAUCAGAUCAUUUUACAGGGUUCCUCUGCAAAUGUAGGAAUGGCAUAUUUAACAAUAUUUUUGUAUUGUUCCUGAAAGGAAUUAUUUUGUCUGUGGUGAGGGAGAGACAGGAGGGAAGGUGAUGUAACUUUUCAGCCAGUCUUGACUGAAAUCUUAAAAAAUGAAAUGAUCAUCCUACACAAGUCCUCAGUCAUCAACUGAAUCCCAAAUAGAAAUGAAAAGUGCAGUUGUGUUAAUACUCACUCAUACUACCCUUUAGUCAUGGAGGGAAACCCUCACAUAAUAGAAGCAACAAGUAGCAAACCUCAGGACUGCUACUUUCUAUUCAGAUAAAUAGAAAAGAAAAGGAAGAAACCACCAUUUCAUCUACUCCUUUCAUGAUCAUGACACAUUGCUAAGUUUUUGCUAGCUCUGGGACCCAUCGUUUUAAUCACAUUUUGUAAGGUGACAAAUGUCUGCAUUCCACACUGUGUGGCAGCUGUCUCUUUAGACUCCUGUAUUUUGAGGAAAAGAAGUUCUUGGCCAACUACUAUUUUGAACUUUUCACAACUUCUCUGCCCCCUCACACCAGAGGGAGUCCCUUUUGGCUCAGUUUUUAAUCCCAGGUAAUUUGCUAAAGUAAUACGGAACAUCUAAGAGAUGGAAGAAGUCCAUGUCAGUGUUUUCUGUUUACUGGGAGGAUAGAUCCAGCCUUUUCAGAAAAUCUCUAAUAGGUGUCAUUUUAAAAAUUCAGGUUUAUGGGAGAAAUCUCAAGUUAGCCACCUUUUCAUGAUUGUGUGGAAAUAAUAACAUUUGGGGGAUUCUUCUGGACUCCCACUUAUCUAUGCAUUUUACUGGCACCUCAGGACAGGAGGGUGACCUUGUUGUCUUAACUUGUACUGCCUGGUGGUCUCUGGGGACCUUCUGAGUCAGUUGUAUACCAAUGUCCCAUGUACAGAAAAACUUCAUUAGAAUAAACAUUACUUGAUAUAAAAUUCCUAUUAACAAUUUUCUAUUAAAUAAAACUAGCUUGAGCUGUCUUUUAAGACCAUGUAUCUGAUUAUUGUUUAAUGAAGGAUUUAUUCUCAAUGCUGCUUUUGAGCUUCAGGACGACAGGAUAGUGGGAACCUAAAAUAUCUGAUGUCAUCUGCCAUGGGAAACACCAAGAGCCCAGUCGUGCAUUCUUUUUCUUGUUACAGAGUGGGUGGGGACACCAGUUGAGAAACGAACAAACUGAUUGUGCAGACUACUUUUUUGUUAAGAGCCUAACCACUCAUAAUUCGGCAGCUUCAAGUGUAUACAUAUGCACUAACUUUUAUAAAUGAUACUCUCUUGUCUGUUAGCCAUGCAAUCUCAUUAUCUCAAUUGCUCAUUCACAUUUGGAAUGUGUUACUUAAAAUGUGUGCAGUCUUGCUGAACAUGUUUUCAAAGGAAGGCAUCAGCUAUGGGCCAGUUGCCACCAAUUUCAGCCUGCCAUGAUCCUUGGAAAUAUAUCUUCCAAGUACCGUCCAUCAUCAGUUAGACAAGUGUUGGGAGUUUGUUUAUUUUUCUCUGUUAGCAACAACGAUGGGUUACGUGGAGCCAUCAGACCUCCUUCUGGCCUCCCUUGUGAUUGAUGGCAUGUGUUUGUAGAAUGGAUAGCUGAGGUUGGCAGAUGGCUGGACAGGAAUCACCUUUGAUUUAAAAUGUAUGUGGCCCCAUAAUGAUGGAGACCCUGUUCUGUAAUCAACUGAGCUAGUUCCAAUAAAGUUAAGCAGGUUUGAAUCCACUUUGUGCCUAUCUUUUCACUGAUAAUAAAGUUAGCUAUUUUAAAAUGCAA